AUGGCAGGAGAGUUUUCGUUCUUGACUCUGCAACCUAGUGACAAGGGCGGGAACGUGCUCUGCCUUGAGCUUGAUAAUUACUAUGACGAUCUCAUUGAGGAACACCCCAACUUGGAUUUCAAGGUCCUUCCACGAAAUAUCUACGAUGGACCAACAGUAAACGGUUUGUUAUCAGCCGGCGAUAGUACUGCUUCUGACGCAGCUUGGGCCAAAGACUUCCAAUGGUAUCAUGAGUGUCUGUCCCCAUGUCCCGGCUAA